AUGUCUCAGAGCGCUCAUCUCGUGGAAGAGGCAGGAUCUCUCCCUAAACGAUAUGGCUUCAUUCUCCUCACCCUUGGCCUGUCGGGCUGGCUGCUGUACAGUCUCUACCAGAAGGCCCUGCCAAAGCCGAUCAAAGGUAUCCCGUACAACCCCGAUUCCACGAAAAGAAUAAUGGGUGAUCUUCCGGACCUUGCCAGUACCGUGGCACGUACAGGAGACCUGUCAGCAUGGCUUGUUGGACGAGCAGCCCAGUUCGACUCGCCUGUCGUCCAGAUCUUCCUUCGACCCCUUUCGCCACCGAUCGUCCUAUUGAGCGAUUUCCGCGAAGCACAGGAUAUGUGCAUGCGGCGUAAAGAGUUCGAUCGCGGCAAGAUCUUGCGUGACCUCUUCACAGGUCCAUCUCCAAAUCAUCAAAUCACAAUGGUAACCGGAGACCAGUGGAAGGCGAACCGAAGGCUGCUGCAAGAUCUCAUGUCGCCACCCUUCCUGCAGAAUGUUGCGGCGCCAGCUAUUUACGCAAAUGUCGUCAAUCUGAUCAACUUAUGGACCGAGAAGACGAGAAUCGCGGAGGGGCGUCCGUUUGAUAUUUACCAGGAUAUCUUUUACACAGCUUUGGACGCUGUGACGGCAUUCUCGUUCGGCGAACAGUUUCCACACAAUGCUACGAAGCCGGUGGCGGAUCUCAUCCGCGACCUGAGCGAAACACAGGUUGCAAGACUCCGGGACGGGCUAUCUAUGGAUGAUGCGGUCAAGUUCCCCACGGUCGAACCCGACGAGGUCAUUCAAUCCAUUCUCGACGUCAGCAUCAAUAUCGAGAGGUUGCAUGGAUCUCCUUGGCCCGUAUUGAAGUGGAGAAUCAUCGAGAAGCUCCCACCCCUGAACAAGACGAUGCGGGUCAAGAACGAGUUUAUAGUCAGGGAGUUGAACAAAGCUACAACCAGACAAAAUGCUAGUGGAGGGGAUGACACAUGGGUGCGAUCUGCGGUGGACUUGAUGGUUCAGAGAGAGAGGAAGAUAGCCCAAGAAGAGAAGAAGACAUCGAAUCAUUUGGCACCCAACAUGAAAGACGAGCUAUUCGGCGUCCUCACCGGCGGCCAUGAUACCACCAGCACCACCAUGCUAUGGGCCCUGAAGUACCUCACUGACUGCCCCCAAAUCCAAACCAAGCUUCGCAAGGCAAUGCAGGAUGGGUACUCCGCAGCGUACGCAGAAAAUCGAAACCUUCGGAUCGAAGAGAUCAUGCAAAUCAACGUUCCUUACCUGUAUGCCACGAUGGAGGAAGUCCUCCGAUGUGCUGGUACUGCGCCGCUAGUUGAAAGAGAGGCCAUGGAGGAUACAAUCCUUCUUGGAUAUCACAUUCCCAAGGGCACCAUGGUCUUUUCCCUCGGCAAGGGAGCCAGCAUCGUCACACCAGCUUUCGAGAUCGACGACACGAAACGAAACGAGACAUAUCAUCUUGCCGUCAAGAACCGCGGCAAGAUACCAAACUGGAACCCUGCCGAUGUUGAGGUGUUCAGCCCUGAACGCUGGCUUGUGCCAGUCACCACUCAAGGAGAGAAGGAGCAAUUGAACGGAACUGGCCCUGAAUAUGAGUUCGAUUCCUCUGCUGGACCACAGAUUGCCUUCGGAAUGGGCAGACGCAGCUGCUUUGGUCGAAGACUGGCAUACGUAGAGUUGAGGAUUUUACUCAGUCUGAUUGUGUGGAAAUUCGAGCUGCUGAAGUGCUCAGAGGAGCUGAGCGGGUAUGAGGCGAAGGAUGGUGUGACACACAAACCCUUGAAGAACUAUGUUCGGUUACGAAAGGUGGAAAGGAAGUAG